AUGUCUGAAAACAAACACGUCGCCAUAUAUACAGACAAUCAAGCUGCCAUCUGGUCCAUCGCGAAGGCGGAAGGACGACCAGGCACCUAUAUUCUCGCGGAUAUCGCGCAACAGAUUCAGCAGCUCCAGGAUAGAGGACAAACAGCGACUGUCCAUUGGAUACCAGCCCACUUGGGCAUGCCCGGAAACAAGGCCAUAGACAAAGCGGCCAAGGAGGCCACCCGAUGCAGGGAAGACGGCCGUAGAAGCUUAUCAGCAAAUGCGCCUGCUAACUCAUAUGCCAUAAGGUCGACAGUGAAAAGCUGGUGCAAGACACAAGCAGAAAGGGAAUGGAUAGCAAAGUGGUGUACAGACACAAAGGGUUGA